UGAGUAAGUCAAGAGGCUCGCUCCUCUCCUGUAAGGACAACCGGUAGCACCAAAAUAUCUCUGCAAUGCCAGGACAGCGACGUGCUGUUGGAAGUGUGUUAAGAAUAGACUCACAAUGGGGCUCGCUCCUGUCUUCCGUUGUCUGAGGACAGACAGUUGUCUGCAGGGGACAGAGGAAGAGGUAAGACGGGAGAAUCCACAUGAUUCAGAGACUUGAAUGGAUCGGGUCAGGUUUUCCGAGCAGGACAGGGACGUAACUCAAUCUAGGAAAGAGCCGGAGUGUCUUACUCCCGCAGUAAACGUUGCGUCUGGAUGUUAUUGUGCUGCUGGAAACCACUGUGCCCCUGGGUUGAAAGGGGAGAAGUAAAUGCAAUAGGGAGUGAGGUGCUGGCUUAAGAGUUUACCCUGUGGUCUGAAACUGAAGAACUAGCUUUUUCUUGAGGGCUUUGAAUACACAAAGCAUGGCAGGAACGAGUGCUUCAGAGAUCAUCUUCAUCUCUGUGAAUCAUAGCAUCACUUUGAUGGGGAAGGUGUGGCUCAUUGUCAUGAUCUUCCUCCGCAUCCUUAUGCUCCUCCUCGCUGGUUACCCCAUUUACCAGGAUGAGCAGGAGCGCUUUGUCUGCAACACCAUUCAGCCUGGCUGUGCCAACGUGUGCUAUGACCUCUUUUCUCCCAUCUCUCUCUUCCGCUUCUGGCUGGUGCAGCUCACCAUCAUGUGUCUCCCCUACUUCAUAUUUGUCAUCUAUGUGGUCCACAAGGUGUCAAAUAGCCUCACUGUGGAAUCGAAUGCCUCUGGUUACAUCAAAGUCACGCCACUGUUCAAGAUCCAACAGGAACCAUUCAUUGAGACACCCAUAAACAAGAUGCCUCCAGGAGCUGAGCAAGGUUGGGCCCGGUGCUUCACUGGAGCAUACAUCCUACAUCUCAUGUUUCGAACUCUGCUGGAGGCUGGGUUUGGAGCAGCUCACUACUAUCUAUUUGGCUUCUAUAUCCCCAGGCGGUUCCUGUGUCAGCAUCCACCGUGCACAACACAGGUGGACUGCUACAUCUCCAGGCCCACUGAGAAGACUGUGAUGCUCAACUUCAUGCUUGGUGCGGCCGCUCUGUCUUUGCUUCUAAAUGUGUUGGAUUUCAUCUGUGCAAUAAAGCGCUCAGUGCAGCUGAAGAGCAAGAAGAAAAUGAGGACUGUGAAGAUAUAUGAGGAAGAACAAUGUUUCAUUUCAGGUGAGGGAAUGGAUGUAAAUACCUCCAUGGCUCAGCAGGAUUUAGAAUGUGAAGCUGGUCAGAACGUGGGUUUCCGGAAAAGGAAAGGUAGUGGAGCUGGAACUCUUGGUUUAGGUCAGGAACCACCGGGUAGCAACACAAAUGGGAACAACGGCUAUUCUGUUUCCCAAGAGGAUGCCCCAGAAAGGAGCGGGAGUGAGGUGGCUCUCUGCCCCCCAGAGCCAAUGGGGACACCCAGAUCCAUACGUGUUAACAAACGCAAUCGACUUAAACCACCACCUCCACCCAGGCGGGACCUUGGUUUGCCCUCAGUGGUGUCAGCAGGUCCAAACGGGGAUGUUUCCACAGCAGCAACAACCUGUACAAGAAGAAUGGGGCAGUAUACGUUAGUUGAGGUUGGCAGUGGCACAGAGCCACAGAAUAACGAUGAUGGACAGGAGAAAAAAUCAGAGUGGGUUUGACUGUCGAGGGUCUGACUGUUGAAGGUUUGACUGUCGAUGGUUUGACUGUGAUAUUUCCACGUUAUUUUGACAUCAAUGUGGAAAAACAGACCCUGUCAGGUUUACACUAUGGCAGCAACUGUUGGAGCUACUUUCCACCACACUCUCUACCUCAGGCACUACUGUCGACUGCACUGUCACUUGAAAAGUGACUUUCUGAAGAACGUUCAUUUUCUAGCCCAGUGAUGCAAAGUGACAAGGAAGCGAGUCACGAAUUGGAAUUCUCUAUGCAAAACAAGUCAGAAGUGAGAGGAAACUCUAGCCUUGUGUGUCCCUGAGCACAGCCUUGAGAAAUUCUAAAAAGAGUUCAGUCCACCUGUUUCAUCCCUUGUUGGCUUUACCCCCCACCUCCACUGACUGACUGACUGUACAUAAACAAAGGCAAGCCUUGACCCAUUCCACAAACACCCCCCGCUACCAUUGUCACUCAACAUGAUACAACAAAGGGCCUCCUCUCGUGUAUGUGUCAGUCACAGGGUCAGAAUGGAUGCACAGGGUCAGAGAGGUAGCCUCCAGACCCCAAGUUACAGGGUUUAGGUGACCUUUGAGAAUGAAAAGGCAGGAUUGAAAUGCGAGACAAUAUCUCGCUAAGGUGUUGUAACUGGGCUCAGAGAAGAGAAUAGGAUUCUUCUGACAGAAGUGAAGGACACUAUGAAGUCCCCUAAAGCAGACAUAGGCUCACAAAGCAAUUAUGUUCCCCCAUAGGGGCUCUGUAUUUAUGGAGACAGCUUGUCACUCUAUUUCAAGGCCUUGUGGAGCUUAGGAGGAAAACAAGCCUUAACAAACACUGACACUAGAAAUAGAGCACGACCGGGCUCUGCAAAAGGAGCAGCGUUGUCUGUUGCUCUUCAGGGUAUCUGCACCCUGCUUGCUGCUGCUGAUGGUUUCACUUUGAUCAAAAGUCUGUCACCACUUUGAGUCGGACAAGUGCACUGCACUGAUGCGUCACAGGAUUUAUAACAGGGACGGGUCGAUAGGCUUUUGUCAAGAUUUGAUUCUGAUUUGCUGUGAUUGUAAGGUUGUGGUUUUCUUUUCCUCCUUGAACCAAAACUAAAUUGUCGUACAUGUCCAACAGAAAGUUAACUGCUUCACUGAGCUGAAAUACAAAAUAAAAUGUUAUUCAGCUAUUCAAUGUUCACUGAGCUGGUGCCAUAAGAAAAUAAAAUUAAACGCUGGGUCAAAAUGAAUAGAGCCCCCACACACACACUUCUACCGUAUAAUAAAAAUAGGAACAU